AACUAUUUGAUAUCAGUACAUCCUGCGACUCUGUUCAUGAAAGAAUAACAAUGAAAAAAUUAUAAUUUGGGUUUCGAACAAUGAUAAAAAUAAAGCACAUUUACUGUGACAAUAUGGUGGCAACCCUAGUGUUAUACCUAGAGGUAAGCUAAAGUCCUGGGAAAUUUAACACGAGAGCGUUACAAAACCUGCUCAGUAGCGUCUGUGUGCUUCGCCGAUUUCUAUCUCUGCAUUUUGAUCUCACUUCUAAGAAGUCAUAAUGUCUCUCGAUCAGGAUUUCCAGAAAGUCGCCGAGUCUGUGAGGAACUGGAAGACCAGGCCCUCUGACAAUGAGAACUUGGCUCUCUACUCUCUGUACAAACAGGCCACCAUUGGCGACGUUAACAUCGGUAAUAAACCUUCAUGUAAAUUAGAACCUUUUUACGAUUUCGUAAUAGAACGACAGUAGGACUUUUAUUAAUUCGUCAUGUUACUUUUUACAAAUUUUGUCAAAGAAUAAAAGGCCUAUAAAAAUAUACAUUUUUCUUCAAAAAUUCCUACGGAACGCGUUGAUAUCUAUUGAAGUAAAAUGAGGAAAAAGUUUAUUUUAUAAAAAUCUUAAUUAAAAACGAAUUAAUAUCCUUGGAAAUCCCUAAUAAAGUGUAGUUUUUUAUAUUGAGAAAUUCUAUGGUAGAAUGUCUAUUGAAACGUUAUUAAUAUAAAUAGAUAUAUUUAGGAAUUUCUCUCAAUCAGAAUGUCGUUAUUUAGUGUCACACGCCAAGGAAAACUCGAACCCAUGUACACUAAAUAUCUUUCAAGUCCAGUCCAGACAUUCCACUAAAUAUAAGAAUUUUAACAAAAUAGCAUUUUGAAAUAACAAUCUGAAGACCAAUGACUGUUAAUACAUAGUUUUCGUGGAAGGAUUGAAGACUUGUAAGAUUGUUUUUAUGCUUGCCUAGCAGAAAGUACAGUUUUUCUAUUAGGUUUCAUUCUAGAACUCUAUAAAAAAAAGAUUUUUUUUAUAUAAUAAGUAUCUCUUGUUUUCUUUACAGCCGAACCCAGCGGUAUGGUAGAAAAGGCAAAAUUCAAGGCUUGGACCGGCCGCAAAGGGAUUUCUCAAGAUGAUGCCAAAAAACAAUACAUCGAUUUAGCGGGACAAUUGCAGGGCAAAUACGCUUAGACUUAGUACCUUAGGUUAUACGCAUGCUCAUUACUAUUACUUAUUUAUAUGCAUUUAUUUAUUGUAAAGAUCUAUCAUCAUUGAAAUAAAAAAAUAUUAAAAGCAAAUGGUGAUUUUUACUUCAAAUGAAAAAGAAAGAA